AUGGUGGAUCGUCUGCUGAGGAGAUGCCGAAUCAAGAGCAGCUUGUUCAGAGAAUGUCUGGCGGAAUUUUUCGGGGUCUAUAUUUUGAUACUUUUUGGGUGUGGGUCAGUUGCCCAGGUGACGACCUCUCAAAACACUAAGGGUGAAUACCUGUCAAUCAACCUCGGGUUUGCAUUGGGCACCACAUUUGGGAUUUAUGUGGCAAAAGGGGUAUCAGGAGCUCACCUGAAUCCAGCUGUUUCCCUCACCCUGUGUGUCCUGGGCAGGUUUUCCUGGACUUGUCUUCCAUUCUAUGUGUGCUCACAGCUCUUAGGUGCAUUUUUGGCUGCAGCAACUGUUGCUCUUCAGUACUAUGAUGCCAUAAUGGAUUUCACUGGAGGGCAUCUGACAGUUAGUGGUGCCACUGCCACCGCUGGUAUCUUCUCAACUUAUCCAGCAGACUACCUGAGUCUAUGGGGAGGAGUGGUGGACCAGAUAAUUGGCACAGCUGCUCUGCUAGUGUGUGUUCUUGCAUUGGGAGAUCCUCGUAACACACCAGCUCCUCCUGGUCUGGAGCCUGUCCUGGUAGGAGCAGCUGUCCUGGUGAUCGGCAUCUCGAUGGGUUCUAACAGCGGAUAUGCCAUUAACCCGGCUCGAGACUUCGGCCCGAGACUCUUCUCUUACAUUGCAGGCUGGGGAGAUGAAGUGUUCAGGGCUGGUCAUGGCUGGUGGUGGGUACCUGUGUUUGUAACGUGUGUGGGUGCUCUCCUGGGCGCAUUACUCUAUGAGCUGCUGAUUGGAGUUCAUCAUCCAGACUCAGAGCCAGAGGAUGCUGAAGACCUGACAGCUGUGCUCCAGCAAACUGUGGAGCUGGACGGUAUGCAGCCAAAAUUUGACACCAUUAAAGAAAACUGCAAGGACGGGAUCUUUUCCAUAACCUCAGCAGACAUCAGCUGA